UGAGAAACGACCCUUGUUAGCGGUUGAGGCCCCCAACGUGUCCUGCCCUCUGUUUGCUGACGUCAGGCGGGUAGGGUUUGCUCGGACUACGUGAGGAGCCGAGAAAGAAAGCAGCGCCAUGCGAUUCCCUCAGGCUCGGAUCACGAAACGGUCUGAAGUACGUGAAGUACGUGAACCGACAGUUGGGAACGUCGCCUGUCGCUUUCGUGCGUCUAUUCAGUUCGCGGAGAACCAAGCUGGCCUUUUUUUCGCAAUGAAAUUAAUUAGCCCGAGAAACGGAUGAGGCAACAGGGCUGUCUUUUUUUCGCUUGUUGUUGUGGUGGUGGAAUACUUCCAAACUUAGCCCCUGUAACGCCGCGGCAAUGGCAGACGAGCGCAGACUGGAAAACUCGGCCGACCUGGACGCCGACCGGCAGUACUGCGAGCUCUGCGGGAAGAUGGAGAACUUGCUCAAGUGCGGCCGAUGCCGAAACUCCUUCUACUGCAGCAAGGAGCACCAGAAGCAGGACUGGAAAAAACACAAGCAGGUUUGUAAGGACGCCGAGAAAUCACAGACCGCUCAGCUGCCCGAACCACCACAGCAGUCGUCCCAGGACGCGAAACCCGAACAGCUGUUGCAAAAGAACGGCACGGAGCAGGACAGCGCGGCUUCUCAAAGUGCCGCGGACUCGGGGCCUAUCGACUCACCGGCGGACGGCCAAAGAGUGAGAGAUUUUAUCACUUGUUCAGAGGACUCUGGCACUGGUAGUACUGCCGACAACAAGCAAGCGGGGGACGGGGUUAACAACAAUACGAAAGCCAACGGGCAAACGAGAUCGUCUCCCCAAAAGCUAGCUUUGGAAUACAUCGUCCCGUGUAUGAACAAGCACGGCAUAUGCGUUGUGGAUAACUUUCUCGGGGAACAGAUCGGGCUAUGCAUUUUGGAGGACGUUAGAGCCCUCCACCACACCGGUAGGUUCACUGACGGACAGUUGGUCAGUCAGAGAAGCGACUCUUCGAGAGACAUACGGGGAGACAAAAUAACGUGGAUUGAGGGUGCCGAGCCGGGGUGCCAGAAGAUAGCGUUUUUAAUGAGUCGCAUGGACGAUCUGGUCAUGCACUGUAAUGGGAAACUUGGAAACUACAGAAUUAACGGGAGGACUAAAGCCAUGGUUGCGUGUUACCCUGGCAACGGGACGGGCUACGUACGUCACGUGGACAACCCGAACGGAGACGGGCGCUGCGUCACCUGCAUAUAUUACCUGAACAAGGACUGGGAGGCCAAGAAACACGGAGGUCUGCUUCGGAUCUUUCCGGAGGGCAAAGCCCAGUUUGCCGACAUCGAGCCCAAAUUCGACAGGCUGCUGUUUUUCUGGUCCGACCGACGCAACCCUCACGAAGUGCAGCCGGCCCACGCCACCAGGUAUGCCAUAACUGUGUGGUAUUUUGAUGCCGAGGAGCGAGCAAGGGCUAAAGAGAAAUACCUAACAGGUACAGGAGAGAAGGGGGUGAAGAUGGACCUAAAUAAAUCCACAGAGCUCAGCUAGUGACCCCGCUAUGCCCCCGCCCCCCGUGCUCCAACUCCCCCGGGCGUCUCCUGGGCAACAGGAAGACCGAGCGCAAGGAAGAGGACAAGAGGAAGAGAGAGCCGAGACGCCGGGAAAUCGACCCGCUCUUCUCUUCACAUCUAACACUGCUAAACGCACUGACCAUGAAUGUGAUGAUGAUGAUGGUGAUGAUGAUCCUGCACUGCAGGGACCGCUUACUCCAUGCCUCUGGAUUUUUGCGCAUUUAUUUAAUUUGUUUUUCUGGGUUUUUUUUUUUUUUUUUUUUUUGUGAAGAAUUCUGACGGAGGUGGGGGGGGGAAAUAUUGCCUGAUUGGCGAAUCUAAACUAAAGAAAAGAAAUAAUCCGAGAGCGAGCUCAAUCUGUCCAUUUAGUUAAUCGGUUGAGUUUACUGUCCGAUUUUUGCUUUCGCGCUAACUUCUUAAAGAAAGGUACAGUUUAUCGAAUAUUGCUCCAAAUGGGUUUUCAGGUUCCUUUAAAGGGAAGCACUUGUGGGGGUUUUUUCCCCCCAAUACGCUGUUUCAGUUAGGAAAUAAACACCAUUAUAACCUUUUUUUAACCUCACGUUAAUGCAGAUUGGCCGCUUUACUGUUGUGGUUGCGCGUUUUCCGCGCCAUGGAAUCAUUGCUGGGUAAUGCAGUGCUCUUGUAUGGCUAUGCUACGGCAGUAAUCGUGUCUGUUGUUGCAGACUUAGUCACCGUUGUCUUAAAACCAAAACCAACACCUUCUACUUAUUUUACAGAUUACGUUUUAAAUAAAAGAAAAUAAAAAAAAAACUAAAAAAA